AUGGCCCGAUCCAACUUAUCAGCACACAGUCCCCAAAAGACCAAGCAGAAAUUGACAAAGGAAGAGCUGCUGGUGUUACAAUCCCACCUAGAAGAAUGGAAGGAGGCCAUCGGCAAGAAUAGACAAGUGAUUCUGCAUGCAGUCAUAAGAGAGGCCAAGAUGCAAGCCCCUAAGAUGGAUUCCUGGCUGUUGAAGAAAAGGAAAUCCAUGUACCAGGACUGGUUGUAUAAUCGGAGAGCUGAAAAGACUCUCAAAAAAGAGAGUAAGUUCGGUAAGAAAUGGACUGCCUGGUUGGUGAUAGAACACCAGUACAAGAAGGAGAUAAUUGAAAAGACUGGAGGAAGGCUGGGAGGAAAGGAAAUGAUUAAAAACUACCAGGGAGCGGUCAAUGCAAUUAUGGGAGGUUUAUCUGAAGAGCAGCUGGAGGAAGCGAAGAAGACUGCAAUAGAGUGGUCUAGCAAGGCUCCUCCUAUGGAUGUCCAGGCUGAGUUUGCUCAGAAGAAAGCUCUGGGUAUGAUGAAAGAUCUUGCAACUCAGUUAUGGAGGCAGGCUGGUAUAAGGAUAUUCAUAUUGUCAGCAUGGAAAACAGAGGAAGGGGAAGUGAGGAUCAAUGGAAUGGACUUCAAUGAACAGUUGGAAGGUAAUAGUUUUACCAAUACAAAGGACUGGAAGCCCAUGUUAUCAGAGUGGAAUGCCUAUGUCAGAGAAGAGUUCGUAGUCGAUCAGAAUGAUGAGGAUGACAAUGAGGAUCGGAGGGGAAAGGAUAGCGGAAAGCAAAGGAGAAAAAAGGAGGAGUUUGCUUUGGAGGUGGACACCUGUGGGCUUCCGGUCAUACCGGAUAUCGAGGACCUCAGCCUAGAGAAAAAAAAGUCUCUCAUCUGCACAUUCCUCACAAGACACUACAGGUUUUGCAGUCAGAAGCCAAAGGUUUCCGUUCCUUGGUCUGCAGUGACAGAGGCUCAGGAUGAUUUUAUCGAGUCCAAGUUUUUACCUGCUGGUGUGAAGAUCAAGGACCCGUCAAAGCUUCAGUUGCAUGAAGCUGAUAAGCUGUUAGAGCUCUGGCAUCAGAGACAAAAGGACAAGGUUCCAUCAACAUUUGAAUUCAAAGGCUGGCAAAACCACAACAAGGAGAUGAGAGAACCAGUGAAGAGGACCUCCAGACAGGUGGAACAAGACUUCAGUAGUGAGGGGGAGGAUAGUGAUGAAGGUGCUGGGGAUGGCACGAGGUCCGGUCUAGCAACUGCAAAGACCAAGGCACCGGUUAAAAUGCCAACCGGAAGGAUGGAGCCCGAGUCACGAAAGCUGACCAGAUGUGUGGAGCAGGAGUCGAGUAGUGAGGGGGAGGAUAGUGACGAAGGUGCUGGCGAUGGCACAAAAUCUGGUCUGGCAACUGCAAAGACCAAGGUUCCAGUUAAAACACCGACUGGAAGGAUGGAGCUGGAGUCACGAAAGCUGACCAGAUGGGUAGAGCAGGAGUCAAAUAAUGAGGGGAAGGAUAGUGAUGAAGGUGCUGGAUAUGGCACAAGAUCCGGUCUGACAACAGCAAAGACCAGUGUUCCGGUUGAAAAACCAACCGGCAAGCCGACUAGGAAGACAACCAAAAGGAUGGAACACCAGUCAAGUCGUGGGAGAAAUGUAGGUGAUGAAGAAGUCCAAUUACUUCCUUCAAAGUCCAAAUCAAUUGGAAGGCAAAAUCAAGCUGUUCAAUCCGAUUCAGAGCAGGAAGAUGCUGUCCCGGUGAGGAAGAUGCGUCGAAAGGAACCUACGCCAAAAUCCACGGCACCUUCGACGACACAAGCUACUCAUAAAACAAGGAAGACAACCAAAGCUCAAAUUGAUAACCCGGAGCCAAAGAGAUCAGCGAGAACCACAAAGGUGUCUUAUAAAGUGAACUACAUGCAAAGGCAGUGA